CGUGCGAACGUUGCUAAGGAGGUGCGUGCGCGUCUCUGCACUGGAGGGAGAGCGCGGGAUUACGCGCUGGUGCCCGGUGUCUGAGUGCAGGCGGCAGGAGUAGGAGCGGGUUGAGUGCGCGAGUGUUUGCUCAGUGCUUCCCCGACGGUCACCGUUUAACCUCAGAGUGACGCGGACUCCGAGCAUGAGAUGGAGCCGGGCCCUGCCCGAGGGCUGUCCCUGCGCACCGGGAUGUGAGCACACCCGGAACGACUCACUCAGACCGUGGCUGCUUCUGCUAGAAUGUUUCUUGUGAAUGCCCCUCCUCUGGCUUCUUUCCAAACAAAAUGGGCACCGUUUGGGCAGACCACAGCUUGUAGAAUACCCGUCAGCUUCUCCGAGUCUGAAGAAGAUAUUUCCAGGGCCACUAUAUCCACGCAAGUCCAGGGCAUUAUCAGCACUCUACAAAGCGAUGAGUCUUCUCUUGAAGUGACCGUGGAACAUGAGGGUAUUAUGCAGAAGACUAGGAAGGGGGAUUUUAAUAUUGAAAGAGGACUGAAAACGAAUGCUGCUGUGCUUAAGGGCCACACAAGAGAGAGCGCUACGCUGGUAGUCCCUGCUGAGUUCAGAGAUAAUAAAGAUGAUCAUUCAGAGUUUGGCCCACUGAUGUUGGAAUCGGAUAGCGACGACUCUGUAGAUCGAGAUAUAGAAGAAGCAAUUCAGGAGUACCUUAAAAAGAAAGAUACCGGUGAAGCAUCGAACGAAGGUCUCAACACAACGAGCUCCACUUCUGUUGAGCAUGGAGUUUUGCUGAAUGACGCUCAGAACUUUGCUGCAGCCAAUACCUGUCCCGUCAGCAUGGUUACUACUAGUGACAUUUGCAAUAGCUUUAGACUGAAAGAACAGCAAAGGAGCUCUUCCCCCGUUAGCGUGAGCAGUGAUGACUCCUUCGAGCAGAGCAUCAAGGCUGAAAUUGAGCAGUUCCUCAAUGACAAAAAGCAGCAAAAAAGUAAGAGCAAAAUCAGCUCCCCACCAAAAGUCCCUUGCAUCGAAACUCAGUCGAAACCAAAGUUAAAAACCAGCAAGACUUCAGAAAAGCAGAACUCGAAGCAAGCAGGGUCUGAACUAUUGCGGAAACAUGCUUCAGAUUCUAAAUUGCUUAGACCUAGCCCAGAGACUACCAAAAUACAACCAAAGGCCUGUGUUCUAAAGCAGAACACCAAGACAAGCUCUCCGUCUCCAAAAUCCACUCCAAUUGUAAAGGAAGAGCCUUCAGACUCGAGCAGCGAUGAUGGAAUCGAAGAGGCCAUUCAGCUUUACCAGCUGGAGAAGAGAAGGCAAGGGAUAACGCCCACCGUCACACCAGAGAAAGUAAAAAGUCCCACCUCUGCUAAUUCGCUGACACACUUUGAAAGCAGGAAAAGAAAAAGUCUGAAUAACAAACUUGCUGCUUCCCAGGAUAUAUCGAAUUGCCAGCCUCUGUUAAGCAAGAGACCAGUCCUUUCUGAAGAGGCUAGCUUUUCGAAACGUGAAAUUGGAGCUCCAACUACUUGCAGAGCGGAGACGGCUGCGGAACUCAUGUGUGCAGAAGCAAUACUUGACAUUUCUAAAACAAUCCUGCCUUCACAACCUCAAAGAACUUACGUGAUUCCUACAGAGCCUCCCCCACCUCCUCCUGAACCGCAGUGUGAUAGUGACAGUUUGGUUGACAGCGAUGACAGCAUAGAGCAAGAAAUUAGGACAUUUUUGGCUCGCAAGGCACAGGUGGAGGGUGCUGGCAUUUCACCUGUUAAACUGGAGACAACGAUAGAAACUAGUCCUGAACUGGGAAGUCAGUCUUCAAUAUCGAAGCUUUCUCUAACACACAAGAGAAAAGCCAAGGCCAUGCAAUCAGAUUUAAUGAGAAAAACUCUUCCUUUGGAUAAAUUGGGUUCUAAUGUUGAGCUAAACCAGUACCCACAACCAGAUGAACGAUUACAAAGCAGUGGUAAGUUUGCUGCUAAAUUAUCAGCACCUUCGGAAAUUCACAUGGGGGCUGGAGAAAGUAUUGUGGUUCCUGAGGUCUCAACAGCGUUAAACAGGAGCCGAGGGAGAUCCCAUGGACUGACCAGAAGCUACUCUAGCGGAGAUAAAAGCAGUUCCUUGGACAGCGACGAAGAUCUAGACACCGCCAUAAAAGAUCUGCUCAAAUCAAAAAGGAAAUACAAAAAGCGUCCCAAAGAUGGUAAAUCUCAGUGUAAGAAGAGAGUCCGAUUCGAUGAAACCAUUAGCAAGCCAGUCGAGAUAUCCGAGGACUCCAAACAACCCCCAAAAGAUCCACCGUUCAUCAAAAGUUGCCUUUUAAAUUCCAGUACUGCAAAGGAAAGUUCUCUCGAGAAGUCAAAGAAAAGGAGAGAGGAAAAGGCAGUCGAGAGAAACAUUCCAUCGUGUUCUUCUUCUCCCCAGGGUAAUAAAGAUGGUCAACCUAUGCCAGCUUGUGCCUCCAAUGAGCCCAACAGUAAAACACGUGCCUUAGACGAUGCACAUGAGAGCAGCUCUGUGGAUAGCGAUGACGGCAUAGAACAGGAGAUAAGGAAGUUCCUGGCCGAAAGAGCGAAAGUGUCAUCUGCGCUUACAGCAGCACAAAACGAGGCAGUUUCUGAUUCUAACAUAGAGAAAAAUACCCAAACUUUAAAGCAGGAACAGGCAGUUUUGUUAAAUCCUGUACCUGAAACUGCGCUUCAACCUGAACCAUGUGCAAACAUUUCUACUGCAGCCACUGCACAGGCAAGUGUGGUGCAGCCAUUAGCACUGCACAGUGGUAAACAAAGCCUACUGCCUGUAAGACUGUCGAAUACCCGCCCUGUUGAGGUCAGAACAGGAAUGAGCCCCCAGAGUACACCAAAUUGUUUCAUAAUAAAGAAAGAAUGUUUAGUAGAGCAGAACAGUAUCAUUAAACCCAUCGAGCAGUGCCUUCCAACUGCUCCCGGACGGGUGAUUACGCAGGCAAAUCUCAACAGCCCCCAGAACUUUCCCGUUGCAGGAAACUUUGUGGCUGGACUUAAAUAUGUGUCUGGCACCGAAAAACAACUUCUGUUAAAUGUAGGAAAUACUGGUCCAUCCAAGUUAGCCACCGAGAUUUGCAAAAGCAUGGUGCAUAAUUCCCGGCUGGCGAAUUGCCCGCCGCUGGACAGGAAAGGACCUGCCUUGGAAAGAUCUAAAGAGUUGCCAGCCAUUAGCAUCAUUCCCAAAUCUCCCCUUGUCCGCUCCGGCUUGUACUUGCUCACCACAAAAGUGUGUAAAGAGAACUCUCCUUCCUUGUGUCUCCCCAUUAACACCACAGCGUACAAAACAGGGAUUAAUUUAAUGAGCAUUCAGUACUGCCAGGUGAACACGCAGAAACCUCCGUGCGUAGGCGAGCUGUCGGUUAACCAACCGAAAAGUGCAGAAAGUAGAGUGUCAGUGCCCGGCCAUGCAACAAACCCGCCUCUCUUUGUUACCAGAAGCAGAGAGUUUAAGGCAGCCAGAGAGGGUGUAGAAAGGGAAGGCAGAACAAACCUUAACAAGGCAGCCAGUCACGACUUAGUGGCAGACUCUGUUAAAAAAGUGAAGGAAAUCAAAAAUUCACAAGAAAGCAAAAAUGUCUCCAGUUCAUCUAAGCAGGAGAGUUGGUUGCCAACGUCAUAUAUCGAUCUGUCUCCAGGGAAAUGUAAGACUUUUCCACAUGGUACAUUGCAUCUCGACCUGCUUCGCAAGGAGAGCAAAUACAGAGACUGGCUGUUGCCAAUGAAAGUCACUCAAGGGCGGCAGAAGAGAUCAGAACGUGGCGAUGGUAAAACCGGGGGACAGACAUGUGCACCCCCCUGUUGGGCACCUGUUGUAAGAAAGUGCCAAUAAUGGUUUUGUUGUAACUCACACAAACACAUGGUGAAUUGUUCUGUUUCAUUAUUAUUAUUAUAGAUAUUAGAUUUGUGCAAUGCCACAUGGGCCACUUUACUUUCAGGCUGUUUUCUCCAAACCAGUGGAUUUUCCAUCAUUUAAGGAUUAAAAUGUUUUAUAAAAGUGCCAGAAGUAUGGCUGACUGUCACAUGGGCAGUAGUGAGCCUCCAUUAAAUCCACGCCAUUAAAGGAGACAAGGCACCCAGUGAUUAUAACUGCGGAGACCCCAGGCCAUUGGUCCAGUUUGCUGAAAUGGUAUCAGAAAUGUAUGAGCUUUACGCUGCCAUCUUCUUCUUCCUUGAAAUUAGGUUUCAGUUCAGUAGGGUUCAGCCAAAUCCAAAAUAGUGGAUUCGGUGCAUCCCUAGUAUUUACAAUCACAAUCCAAAAAAGUGGCACAAAUAACCAUUGUUGAUAAACUCACCAAAUUGAAACGGUGGUCCAGGUGCACCAGCGGAAAAAUCGUCAGCAAUACUAAUAACACCAGGCACAUUAGAAAAUCCAUGGGGUGGGCCACAAAAUAUGAAAUAAAAAGUUAUUUAUUUCAGUUCCAACUAAAAAUGAACAUCUACUAAUGGCCCAAUGUGUUUCAUGCCCAUAAGGCACCUAGUCAUGGGCUAAUAAAGGAGGGUCCAGGCACACUAGAAAAUCCAUGGGGGGACACAAAAUAUGAAAUAAAAAGCUAUUUAUUUCAAUUCGAAUUAAAAGUGAACAUCUAAUGGCCCAACGCGUUUUGUUCCCAUAAGGCACAUGGGUUAAUAAUGGGGGUCCAGGCACAUUAGAAAAUUAAUGGGAGGGGGUUUACAAAAUAUGAAGUAGAAAGUUAUUUAUUUAAAUUGAAACUGACUGAACUAAUGGCCCGACGCGUUUCAUGCCCAUAAGGCUUAGUCGCGAAACACUGGGCCAUUAGUAGAUGUUCACUUUCAGUUUGAAAUGAUAUAAAUAACUUUUUACUCCAUAUUUUGUGUUUCUAAUGUGCCUGGACCCCCAUUAUUAGCCCAUGACUAGAUGCCUUAUGGUCACGAAACGCGUUGGGCCAAUAGGAGAUGUUCACUUUCAGUUCAAAUUGAAAUAUAUAACUUUUUACUUUAUAUUUUGUAGCCCCUCAUGGAUUUUCUAGUGUGCCUGGACCCUCCUUUAUUAGUUUAUUAGCCCAUGACUAGGUGCCUUAAUGGCAUGAAACGCGUUGGGCCAAUAGGAGAUGUUCACUUUCAGUUAAAAUUGAAAUAAAUAACUUUUUACUUCAUAUUUUGUGUCCCCCCCGUGGAUUGUCUAAUGUGCCUGGACCCUCCUUUAUUAGUAUUGCUCCUCCCAUAGUACCCUGGGCUGGUGCAGUUUUCAGUAUAUAGAAGCCUGGAGUCCCAGGUGAGCCAUUGCAAUCACGGCUAUAGCUCAAUUUCUUUAUUCACUUUCAACCAAUUCAUUAUUUCUACAAAAAAAAAAAUACAUAUUAUGAAAGUAGUUGAUGUGUCUGUUCAUUGGUUAAAAACAUGUUCUGCUUCCAAUAAAGGUUUUGUAUUGAACUUUA